AUUUUUUUUUUUUUUGGCACGGAAUCCGAAGGAAAAAAUAGGAACUUGGAAACAGGAACGGGCGAAAACGCGCUCCAGAAAGUCAAAAUCUGAACGCAGGGCAACGCCGUGCGGUCGAAACAGGUCCGAGGCAAAGAAACAGAGCGGUCAAAGGGAGCGAUCGCCCGCGUAGCGCUCGACCGGGACCUUGGCGAAUUUAAAGUCAUUUGCGACAAUGCAGCGGGCGCAAUAAAACCCUGCGUUAUUGCCCUUUGUUUUUAGCAGGACGGGGCAGACGGAGGCACUAGGGGGAAAGCGAGGAAAGCGAAAAAACAUCAAGGCCCAUCUAAAUAACAAUCGCUCAAGUGGCAGACGGCUCGUCAAGCGCCGUUGUGCGCGGCGCAGGGAAGAAGCAGGAAACUUGGUAAACAGAGCUUGUGACGACGAGGGAUAUUAGGUAACUCCUAAGCACAAGAAAGAUCACUGAAGUUUGAACAGGGGCCGUCGGCUUGUUCCGGGUCCCACUGCGUCCUUUUCAUUCCAAAACCAUGUGUUUUGACGGGUGGAUUCCAUGGAUGACGCUGAUCAAGGCUUUAUAAAGAUGAAAAGGUGCUGGAAGCCUGAGGUGAGAAAAUGACGGGAGGCAGCGAGAGUGGUGCUGGAGACAAAGACAAUGUCCCCACGUCAGUUGCACAGGUUCCUGUUGGCUGGCAGAGGAGAGCUGAGGAUGGGACUGUGGCCUACAUCAGCCCUAGUGGUACAGUCCUGUCAUCGGUGGAGGAAGUUAAGACGUACUUGUUGACAGACGGUACCUGUAAGUGUGGGCUGGAGUGUCCGCUGGUCUUGCACAAGGUGUUUAACUUUGACCCUGGAGCACUGGCUCAGCAGCGAAGCCAGCAGCCUGGGAAGACAGAAGAGGACAUGACCAAGCUCUGUAACCACCGUCGGAAAGUGGUUGCCAUGGCCGCACUUUGCCGCAGCAUGCAGGCUUCUCAGCUGCCCCUUCCAGCCCGUGGGACAGCAGGCAGUAACUCCGGUAUUGUGGAGAGCAGGGAACCGCGAGAGGACGGAGGCCACUGCACUUACUCCCCCCGGCCUCGCCUCUCAAGCCAGACCAAGACCAGCAGUAGCCCUAGUCCCAGCCCACGUGGAGGGAGCGGAGGAAGCAGCAGCAGCUCGCCCCAACUGCCCUCCGUCCUCUUCCCUUGCAAUGGAUCGUUGCCCCUCUCUCACUCAAGCUCUAGCUCGCCGCAUUCUCCCGAACUGACUCAGCUCCCACGGAAGCUUCCCCCCACGUCCCCAGGGUGCGGACCUUUCUCUGGGUAUGGGACACCUCAGAGGUUCCCCCACCUGUCCCAAAACGUAAUACAGAACCAGAGAGCGGCGUGCACGCCGGACCCGCCGGCUUCCCCCAGCCUGAGUUUACACGUGAAUGCUUAUUCACUGGACGUCCCUCUCUCCUCCCCCUCUUCUGUGACAGUGGAAAUUGGGAGAGUCGGGCAAAGCAGCCAGCAAGGAGCCAAGCUAGGCUCCCCAUCCCCAUUUUCAAGUUGCCCCUCUCCCUCCGGGAGUUUGGACUGCUCCUCUCCCCAGCCGCGAUCCCGUCACUCGUCAGCCUCGUCCCCAUUUUCUGAACAGGGCUCUGGAAUAUCUACAGCUGCCUACCUCCCUGGGGCCAAGUUGUCCUGCCCCUCUCGCUCCCCGUUGCCGUUAAUCACACGAGGGGGUUCUCCCAAAGCCUUUCCCCCGAUCAGUCCAAAAAGCAGACUGGAGGGCAUGUUGCAGCAGUACAAGGACUCUGGGAACAGUAGUGCUCCACCAAUCAGUAACAAUCCUACCCAGGCCCGCCAUGCUUCCAACAGCCAAAGCAACUUCAGUGUUCCCACACCUCUCAUAAUGUCCUCUUUCGCCUCUGACAGGAAGAAUGCGCAGCAGACGGCAACAGCAGCCACGAACCCUGGUGUAGGUACGGGAAGCGCUGGUGCUGCCGGCUUUCUCGGACUGCCUCUGAGCCAGCUCCUGACUCAACAAAAGAACCAGCAGCAUUCUGCCUCAUUCCCAGCCAGCAGCCUCCUCUCGGCACAGGCACAGCUGGCCAGCCAGAGAAGCCAGAUCCAGAAUCCAAGCAAUAAUGCUGGUGUCAGUACUGCAACCACCUCUGCAGGCACUGCGAAGGAGGCCCAGCAGUCCAAGGUAUUCAUCAGCACUUUGCACAAUAGCAUUCGCCCUACCACACGGCCUUCACCCGCAGCUCCCCUCCUCCUCCCGCACUCCGCCAUGUCACGGGCUCCACGUGCCCUUUCUAUUGCUCUUCUGGACAAGGCAUCACGCCGGAAGCGUCAGCGCAGGUCGCCUACGGUACUUAGCAUGCUGAAGGAGUCUCAGCUGAGGAGCCUGAGGACGCCUGGAGAACUUACAGCUCUCAGCGCCUCAUACCCCCCUGCUUCUGCUUCUACCUCAGCUUUGCACCCUCACCUGGAGAACCACUUGCCUCUGGCUGUAAGCCAGCCUUCUGUUUCCUCCGAAAUCCCCAAGCACUCUGACUCGCAGGACCACAAGAAGCUCGCAGUUCCAGCCGUUGGACCUCCACAGCCCCCAGCCCAGCCCCUCUCUGCCCUCCUGCACUUGCUUAGCGUUCAGAGCACCCAAGCUGCAGCCACCCAGGCUUCUCCAAACCCAUCACUGACUGCACUCAGUAUCCAGCAGGACCACAUGCUUUCUGCUUCUCCUGGUUCCUCUGCUCUUCAGCAAGCACAGUACCACCCACAGACCUCUCACCAGCAACCCCAAAGCCUUGCGUGCUCCAUGGAGCAGCCCAGCCAGUCAUGUUCACCACAAACCUUCACUCAAGAUGGUGUGUCUGAGGAAUCUGACUGCAGCUCUUCCACCCUCAAAUGCAGCCAGAGCCCUAAUGUCAGCCUCAGCCAGGCCCACAGCACCACCACACCUCUAUCUCAAGAUGUCAGCAGCCAAAUUCUUGGUAUGCUGGGUCAGCUGUCAUCUUCAGUUCUUCCAUCUGUUUCCUUGGUGGAGAAGAACUCGGGGCUAAAAACAGAAGAAAUUGGACCUGAGGAAACCAACAGCACAUCUCAGCAGAGCCAUGAUAGCAGCACAGCAGCUUCUCUCGUGCCAGCGGACCCUCAGGAAUCCCCAGAAACAAGGCUGCCAGAAACUUGUAGCCCUGGGUCUGUCCCUGGCCCUGGAUCUGUCCCUGGACCUGUCCCCACUCCUCCUAGUGCACCAGGGGACCCCUCCAGCCCGCUGCAGCUGGGGGAAUCCUUCCCCUUCAUGAAUCAGGAUCAGCUGCUGCAACUGCUGUCUGCAAGCUCUGGCUUGCCCUCCCUACUGGGCCCCCCAUUCUUGGGUUCCCCACCUCUUGGGCUGUGGAUGGGUGGCCAGCAAGCACAGACUUCACUGCAACAGAAUCAGCAGCAGCAGCAACAGAGUGGCCUGUUAAACCAGGCAUCCCAGUUAAACCUUUUGCCUUCCUUAGUGGGAGCUCAGGGAGACUUGCCACUUAAUCUAUUGAGUCUUUUAAACCCGCCUCCCCCUCCUCAGACUGCGCCACCUGCUGCAAACCAAGUGGGAGAUGUGGGCGAAAAGCCCGGCCUCCAGGCGUUGCUGGUAGCCUCCUUGCUGCUCAGCCAGCAGCAGACUGCAGCCAUGCUCCCCCUGGCGGGACUUGGCCAGCUCAACCUGGAUCUUCUCCUUCAGCAACAGCAACAGCAGCAGUUCCCUCCCCUCCAGGAUGGCCUUGCUCUGGAGAAGACUCCAGUGCUCUCAGACUCAGUGCUCUCAGGCCCUGGGCUCCAGGAGGCCCUGCAGGGGAUCUCUCCCCCAUUGGAGGGUGCUCUCCAGGCUUUGCAGUCACUCUUGCUCCCAACACCCCUGCCACCCCCAGCCUUCCUUUCCCUUAACCCUGCUCUGUUGGCUGCUGCCCUGGGUCCCUCCGAUCCUCUGCCAAGCCCACAGCAGCAGCCACCUCAAAACUCCCAACAAGCCCAUACUCAGGUGACCCUCUCCAGUUCUUCCUUGGGCUCUGCCUCUGUGUCGUGCUCGUCCCUGGUGCCUGCCUCCGCUCCUGAUGUAGCAGAAACUCUGUCACCCCUGUCAGGACAAGGCAAGAACAGCUCUUUGUUCCCUCAGCUAUUGCCCCCCCUGCUGGCCCCUGGGGUACUUGGUGACAUGUCAGCGAUAGGAAACAACUUGCUGGGUGGUGGACCUCUGCUUUUGCCCCCUUUGCAGGCCCCCGCGCUGGGCAUGCCCAUCCUUCAGGGUACAACAUCGGGCCUCAACCCUCUGGCCUGCCUCCUCAACAACUUGCAGCUUAACAUGGGUCCUGGCCUUGCAAUGGGAGGGGAGAAGCCAUUGAGCCUCCAGGAUACUGUUAGCCCCACGCCUCAGGAGGACAUUCCAGCCAGUCAGCUUGGCCCAGAGCCUGCACCUUCCCCAGGACAUGCAUUAGAAACAUCCCAGCAGAGGGAAGGGGCUACAGGGGCCCUGCUUGACCCCUAUAGCUCCUUUAUGGACACCAUCUACACUUCUUUCCUCCAGGUCAGCGGCAAGUGUCCUGAAGGGGUAUCUUGUCACGCUGAGGGAGGUACCCAGAGUUCACCCUCCUAUUCCGGAGACCCCUUUGCGCUGCCCACCCAGCCAAGUUCACCUCCCUCUCUCAGUCCUCGCCGAGCAUGUUCUGUACGCAAUCCUGAUCUGUCCCGUCUGGGCAUGGAGGUGGCCCAGUCCCCGGCUCGAGGCACUCCAAAACUUAGCGAAGACGAUACUUCGUCACCCCCUCCAAGUAAGCAAGGGGCUGCAGAGGGCCACAGCGACCCUCCUCUACCACCUGCUUUCCUGGAGGAAGCGAAGACCGACUGUUCCUCCAUCUGCCCCUACAGCAAUGGACUGCCCUCAGGCCCAGCGGCUGAGGCAGAGGUAGAGGGGCAACCCCCAUCACAGGGUUACCUUAACCCUAGAGAGGGAGUUAAUGGAACGGGGCAGGACAGCAUGGCUCACGAGGAUGCCGUGCAGGGAAGGGGGCCCACGGGGCGGACAUCGGGAGCGAGGAGAGGACGAAAGAGAAAGCAAACACUGCAGAGGAUGCCGGGAGGCCCUGGGGACAUGCAAAGUGGGGCCACUGAGGAACAGAGGGACACGGUGGUGCAGCCGAAACCAGAGAGGUCGGUAAAGGGGAAGAGGAGAAGGGUGUUCAGAUAGAUGUGCCCCAGGGACACCAGCACCGCAGCACCCAGCAAUACUGCAAGACUGUUAAGGCGAAAGGACGUGUGCUGUCAGCGCGUUGCGUUCUGAUUUCUGCCACCCACUCCUUCUGUACUCGUUAUUUCAACAAACCUUUACGUUACGGUCCGUAACUAAACUCGCCUUGUGUCACGUGUUGAAGGAAGGGGGAGUGUGAGCAACAGAAGUUGUGAUAGAUGGAAAGGAAUCAGAGAAAAGAUCAGAGGGAUUAGCUCCACCCCAACCAGCUCUUCAUUUGAAGUGUGUGCGUGUUUUUUUUUUUUUUU